UCCCUCUCUCUCUCUCUCUUUCUCUCUCUAGCUAUGUGUGUAUAUUAUGCAAUAGAACAAAAAAAGAGGAAGUUAAAGAACGACAUAAAGUUCCUUAAUCUUUGGAUGAAAAUGAUGAACCCUAGAAAAAAUAAUAAUACCUUUAUGUACUACUUUGUCCUGUUCGUUUGGGGUUUUGUGUUGAUGCAGGUUGGUUUAGGACAAAGCCAAACAAGUGAAAUCAAAGUAGGAGUAGUGCUUGAUCUCCAAACUUCAUUUUCCAAGAUCUGCCUCACUUCCAUUAACAUAUCGUUGUCCGAUUUCUACAAAUAUCAUGCUGAUUACACCACAAGACUUGCCAUUCACAUCAGAGAUUCCAUGGAAGAUGUUGUCCAGGCCUCAUCUGCAGCUUUGGACCUAAUUAAGAAUGAGCAAGUGAGCGCCAUCAUCGGGCCAAGAACCUCUAUGCAAGCCGAGUUCAUGAUCAGACUCGCCAAUAAAUCUCAAGUACCGACCAUCACAUUCUCUACAACCAGCCCUCUUAUGACAUCCAUCAACAGCCCUUACUUCGUCCGAACUACUCUCGAUGACUCAUCCCAGGUCAAAGCCAUUGCGGCCAUUGUCAAAUCCUUCGGGUGGAGAAACGUAGUUGCCAUUUAUGUGGACAACGAAUUCGGAGAAGGAAUAAUUCCCUACUUAACUGACGCUUUACAAGACGUGCAAGCUCUUAUAGUCAAUAGAUGUUCGAUCCCUCAGGAAGCUAAUGACGAUCAGAUUCUCAAGGAGCUUUAUAAACUAAUGACAAUGCAGACGAGGGUAUUCGUUGUCCACAUGCCACCAACUCUCGGAUUUCGGCUUUUUCAGAAAGCUAGAGAGAUUGGUAUGAUGAAGGAAGGAUAUGCAUGGUUAUUGACAGAUGGAGUAAUGAAUUUGGUGAAAUCUAAUGAACGCGGUAGUAGCUUGGAGAAUAUGCAAGGGGUUUUGGGUGUAAGGAGCCAUAUCCCCAAAUCGAAGGAGCUCGAAGAUUUCAGAUUGAGAUGGAAGAAAAGGUUUGAUAAGAAGGGGAAUGAUGAAGAGCUGAACAUUUUUGCAUUAAGGGCAUAUGAUUCGAUCACUGCUUUGGCCAUGGCCGUAGAGAAAACCAGUAUAAAGAGCUUGCGGUAUGAGCAUCCGAUGGCUUCUAGAAAUAAUAAGACAGAUCUAGCGACCUCCGGGGUCUCUCGUUUCGGUCCAAGUCUUCUAAAGGCUCUUUCGAAUGUAAGAUUCAAAGGUUUAGCCGGAGAUUUUGAACUCGUUAACGGGCAGCUUAAAUCAUCAGUGUUUGAGGUCAUCAAUAUUAUUGGAAAUGAAGAGAGAAUUAUCGGAUUCUGGAGACCAAGUAGUGGACUUGUGAAUGCAAAGUCAAAAAACAUCACGUCGUUUUCAAGGGAGAGUUUUGGGCCGGUGAUAUGGCCCGGUAAGUCGAGAGUUAUUCCGAAAGGUUGGGAGAUUCCAACAAACGGGAAGAUGCUUAGAGUGGGUAUUCCAGUGAAGAAAGGCUUCUUAAAUUUUGUGGAUGCAAAGACAGAUCCGAUCAGUAACGCAAUGACCCCAACGGGUUACUGCAUUGAAGUCUUUGAAGCUGUUCUUAAAAAGUUGCCUUACUCAGUCAUUCCUAAAUAUAUUGCUUUCUUGUCUCCAGAUGAGAACUAUGACGAAAUGGUAUACCAAGUUUACAACGGGACGUACGAUGCAGUUGUAGGAGAUGUAACCAUCAGAGCGAACAGGUCAUUGUAUGUCGAUUUCACGCUACCGUACUCAGAGUCUGGAGUGUCUAUGAUGGUGCCUCUCAAGGACAACAAGAACAAGAAUACAUGGGUGUUCCUCAAACCUUGGAGCUUAGACCUAUGGGUCACCACCGCUUGCUUUUUCGUAUUCAUUGGGUUUGUUGUGUGGAUUUUAGAACACAGAGUCAACACCGACUUUCGUGGACCGCCUCAUCAUCAGAUAGGCACCAGUUUCUGGUUCGCUUUCUCCACUAUGAACUUUGCCCACCGUGAGAAGGUGGUGAGCAACUUAGCGAGGUUUGUGGUGUUGGUGUGGUGCUUCGUGGUGCUUGUGCUUAUUCAGAGCUAUACAGCGAAUCUCACCUCUUUCCUCACAGUACAACGGUUCCAACCAGCGGUCACAAAUUGGAAAGAUCUCAUAAAAAAUAACAAAUAUAUUGGGUACCAACAAGGCACUUUCGUGCGUGAACUUUUGAUAAGUCAAGGAUUUCAUGAGUCACACCUCAAACCUUUUGGUUCUGCCGAAGAAUGCGAUGAGCUUUUUUCCAAUGGGACAAUCACAGCAUCUUUCGACGAAGUGGCCUACAUUAAAGUUAUCCUUUCUGAGAACUGCUCCAAAUAUGCCAUGGUUGAACCUUCCUUCAAGACUGCCGGUUUCGGCUUUGCAUUCCCCAAGAAUUCACCUUUGACAGAUGAUGUCUCAAGGGCCAUCUUGAAUGUGACUCAAGGCGAAGAAAUGCAACAUAUUGAGAAUAAAUGGUUCAAGAAACAAAGUAAUUGUCCUGAUUUAAACACUACUCUUUCGUCCAACCAUCUCAGCCUUAGCAGCUUCUGGGGUCUGUUUCUAAUAGCAGGCAUUGCUUCAUUAUUGGCACUUCUCAUCUUCUUGGCCAACUUCUUGUACGAACACAAGCACACGCUCUUUGAUGACUCUGAAAAUUCCUUCCGUGGAAAGCUAAAGUUUUUGGUUAGAAUCUUUGAUGAGAAAGACAUAAAGUCGCAUAUGUUCAAGGUGAAUGCCGUUCAUAAUGUGAGUUCACCUAUUACUCACGGAAGUUCAAGCCCUUUGACCGAUCAUAGCACUCCAUUGCCACGAAGUCCGGCACAAAAUAGGGAUCAGUUUGAGCCAAGAAGACUGUCUUCCAUCUCGAGCGGAGAACUUUUCACGGAACAAGUUGAAGAUGAGGAAUCUGCUAUUAUUUAAUGUGAAGGUGAAUGAUAGAGAGAAGUUGCAAAAGUGCAUAACAAGUUAGCCAGUGUGUUUCCUGCUUUGUUUUAGGGUGUAGUAAAGUAUUUUCUUUUGUCAACAUCUUGUAUUCCUAUGUUUAUUGUUUUCAAACUCAGUGUCAAAGUUAGAUUUCUGAAUUUGGAUUAUAAUAUUCUUCCAACUAUAC